GAGUUGCUUCCUGAGCUUCCAAGUGGCAUAUUUGUGCGUACAAAGAAUUAUGAUCUUACGAGGAAUUUAGUUAAUCUUCUGCAGCACGUUGGAUUAGUGAUUAUAAAAUUUACACAGUGUGUGACAAUUUUGUACAGCAAUUAAACAGAUGAUUUUGCUCUGGUUGCAGAGUGGAGGACAGACAAAUUUACUAAUUAGCAACACUUUGACGAUAUCCUCGUGAAAAGAGGGUAGGGGAUCUCACUAUUAGUUGAAGGAGGAAACUUACCGUGAGACAAUGGAGCGGAAGCGGAGUGAGAUGGAGAUUGAAGAGCUGGCGGCAGCACAGGAACCACUCAAGGGUGACGACAAUGAGGCACGUCCUGGUGGCAAUGCGGUUGGCUUGAAGAGAAAUUUGGGACUCUUGGCGGCUGUGAAUAUCAUUAUUGGCGUGAUGAUUGGUUCGGGAAUUUUUGUAUCACCCACCGCAGCUCUCAAGUAUUCCGGAAGUGUGGGUAUGUGCCUUGUGGUGUGGUCCGUGUGUGGCGUAAUAUCUCUCGUGGGUGCUCUGUGCUUUGCCGAAUUGGGCACGGUGGUACCACGCUCAGGGGCAGAAUAUGCAUACCUCUUGGAAUCUUUUGGGCGUCUCCAUAAAUUCUGGGGACCCCUACCGGCAUUCAUUUGCUCAUGGAUCUACGUUCUUGUCCUUCGACCCGCUGAAGUGGCCGUGAUUAUGCUCACAUUCUCCGAAUAUUCCGUGCAACCCUUCGCACAUAUCCUGGGGCUGGACAGGAUGAGCACGUGGGAUCAGGAGAUGAUUAUAAAAUUAAUCGCAUUCCUGGGGCUCGGGGUCAUUACGUACAUCAACAUGGUGAGCGUCAAGCUGUAUGUGAGGAUUAACAAUAUUUUUGGAUUCUGCAAGGUGUUUGCGUGUCUCAUUGUUAUUGGGGGUGGAAUCUACGAGCUGACCAUUGGGAAUACGAAAAAUCUCACAAGUGGCUUCGAGGGAACAACCACAAAUCCCGGAUUUAUCGCACUUGCCUUCUACAAUGGACUCUGGGCGUACGAUGGAUGGUCCACCGUCACCACCGUCACCGAAGAGAUUAAGGCACCCGAAAAAAACAUCUUGAGGUCAAUUGUUAUUGCUGUGCCAAUCAUUACGGGGCUGUAUGUCUUCAUGAAUAUGGCCUACAUGACUGUUCUGAGUGCCGAUGAGAUGAUGAAUGCUCCAGCUGUUGCUGUGGAUUUUGGGAAUCGUGUCCUGGGACCUUUUGCCUUCGUCAUCCCCCUGGGGGUUGCUUUGGCGACUUUUGGAUGUGCCCUCAGCAUUCAAUUUAGCGUAACGCGACUGGGAUUUGUGGCAGGGCGCGAGGGGCACAUGCUGAAACCCCUCUCGUACAUCCACAUCCGUCGUUUCACACCUGGACCAGCUGUAGCUAUGCAGGGAGUCAUUGCCUUCCUGUUUAUGCUGGUGGGGAAUAUUGGGGAGCUCAUUGAAUUUGCUUCCUUCCUCAUUUGGUUCUUCUACGGCUUAGCCAUGGUGGCACUCAUCAUUAUGCGCAAAACACACGCAAAUGUCCAUCGACCAUACCGUGUGCCAACACUACUGCCAUACAUCACGCUCGCCGUAUCAAUCUUCCUGUCUGUGAUGCCAAUGAUUGCAGAUCCAUCCCUUAAGUAUCUCUUUGCCGUAGCUUUUAUUCUAUGCGGUGUAGCUGCAUACGUGCCAUUUGUCUACUACAAGAAGCGACCAAAGAUGAUGGGAAAACUCACCUACGUCAUUCAAGUACUCUUUGAGGUUGUCCCUUCAGAAGACGAUAAUGCCGAUUAAUGAGAUUAUAUAAAAUACAUAAUAUUUUUGUACACACCACUCUCCCCUAAAGAUAAGAUUUUUAUUCACAUUGUUAUAAAUUAUAUUUCAAUUGUU